AUGACGUGGCACAACUCGGGGUUAAAAGUGAGAAAUCGGCAAGGAUUUGGGGCAAGGAACAACAAAACGUGGUGGAGAACUGUGAUUAGGGGAGUUUUCGGGUUUCACAAGUGUUGGAAAUAUUGGGAAGGAAAAUUAUGGUUGCACAAUAGCACAUGCUGAAUUUCUCGGCUUUUUUAGAUUUUGCGGAACUCGCCUACGCGAUUUUAUAGGACUUCCAGAGGGAACGCCUUUGGAGGUCCUUUAAAAUCAAGUAGACCUUGGCGAACAAUUCAGCACGUGUUCUACCAAGUUUUUCAUUAUUUCCCUGCUGUGGUAAUAGGAAUUCUACGAAAUUUUCAGCUGAACUCGUACCCUCUAGCGCUGGCGAUCGCCGAAGAGUGGUCCGCCCAGGACGAACACCUCCAACUCGGUCAAAUGAGACUCACCGGACUCGCGUUCACCGCACAGGACAAUCCGUUGGAACAGUCUCCGUUAGUGCUGGCCGUUAUUGGACGAUUCCUAUGUAGUUCCUGUUUAGUGACACAAUCACGCGCAAGAUUCUCGAUUACGUCGACGGCGACACGGUGCUCUACUUCAACACGGAAAGCUCGAAGCUGCAGAGAUAUCAGGAGGAGCAGUGGACGCCGCUCAUCCGCAACGUCAACGCGGACCUCGGCACGAAUGUGCGCCCCAGUGAGAGCAUUCUCGGUUCGUGUUCUUUGCAUUUUGGGAUUUCUUAAAUCAAAAGUUGGGCAAAACGCCUGUCCGGGAUUUUCGAAGGCUGACUUUUGACCCACUUGCACUAAUCCGAUCGGGCUUGAACUUUGCAGGCUUCUUUUCUGCCUAAAACCUGUUUGUCUCCUGACUAGAUGAUCGGAUGGGCCCAAAACUUGGAUCCAACAUAAUUUAGUCCGAGUCAAAGAAGCUUGCAAAGUCCGAUCGGAUUGAUGCAAGUGGGUCAAAAGUGGAAUCCUUAAAAAGCUUUCGAAAAGCCUGUGUCGGCCUUGAUUCAAGACAAAACGUUCCAUGUUUAAUUUAGUCAAACUGAAGCUCAAUUUUAGCGAAACUGCAAAACCUUGAGAUUGAUCAUAAAUACGAAAUAUUGCAGACUGUAACGUGGCGAGCAAGGCGGACAAGGAGAAGAUCGAGAGAUGGGUACGUCAGCACAAUUUCCCGGCGCUCAUCGGACUACAGUACGCCACCGAAUCGGUCAGUUUCUGUACUUGAUAGUAAUUUAUGAAAGACUAUAGACAUCCGGUCAAAGGGGUGGCUAUAGUUGAAGAUCGUGCCAAGAUCGUUCCACUUCUUUUAGGUGAAAUCGUUUGUGAUCGCGUACAACGCUCUGCGCCACCACAUCGAAGCGGAACAGGCGGUUGACGCGGCGACCCUCGAGCAGAGAACUCAGGCGGAGACGUGGGGAAGUGUGGAGUGGUCGCACGGGCUGGAACGGGAGGAACUGUUCACUCGGCUCUCCGCCGCCUGCCUUUUCGUCUAUUUCAACUCGAACAACUUCACGACGAAGACCCUUUGA